CGGGCAGGAGGCCGCGCAGCCCCGACUGGGCGCCGCCUCUCUUAAGGUGGCCGCCGGCGCGGCUCGGCAGUGACAGGGCGAGGGGGCGGCGCUACCGCCCGGCUGGCGGGAAGGGGAGGCGGCCGCGGCCGGCAUGGAAGUGGAGAUGGCGGAGGCCGAGAGGCCUGGGCCGCGGGACGGGGAGAAGCGGGGAGCGGCCGACGCCCCUGCGGCCUCCGGCAGCGGCCACUACGAGCUGCCCUGGGUUGAAAAAUACAGACCUAUGAAGCUAUCUGAAAUAGUUGGGAAUGAAGACACUGUGAGCAGACUGGAGGUUUUUGCAAGGGAGGGAAAUGUACCAAAUAUUAUAAUUGCUGGUCCUCCAGGAACUGGUAAAACAACCAGUAUCUUAUGUUUGGCUCGUGCACUGCUUGGUCCUGCAUUAAAGGAUGCUGUUCUGGAACUGAAUGCUUCAAAUGACAGGGGCAUUGAUGUUGUGAGAAACAAAAUCAAAAUGUUUGCUCAGCAGAAGGUCACACUUCCCAAAGGUCGGCAUAAGAUAAUCAUCCUGGAUGAAGCAGACAGCAUGACCGAUGGAGCACAGCAAGCAUUGCGAAGAACAAUGGAAAUUUAUUCCAAAACAACUCGCUUUGCACUUGCAUGCAAUGCCUCAGAUAAAAUCAUAGAGCCAAUCCAGUCUCGCUGUGCUGUGCUGCGCUACACCAAGCUGACAGAUGCUCAGAUCCUUGCAAGGUUAAUGAAAAUUGUUGAGAGAGAGAAUGUACAAUACACAGAUGAUGGACUGGAAGCCAUUAUCUUCACAGCACAAGGAGAUAUGAGACAGGCAUUAAACAACUUGCAGUCCACAUAUUCUGGAUUUGGCUUUAUUAACAGUGAGAAUGUAUUUAAGGUGUGUGAUGAGCCACACCCUCUGCUAGUGAAGGAAAUGAUACAGCACUGUGUGAAUGCAAAUAUUGAUGAAGCAUACAAGCGAAAUUCACAUUUGUUUUCUCCUGCACAGAUUCUUGCCCACUUGUGGCGGCUUGGGUACUCACCAGAAGAUAUAGUUGGCAAUAUCUUCAGAGUGUGUAAAACCUUCCAAAUGCCAGAGUAUUUGAAAUUGGAGUUCAUCAAGGAAAUUGGAUAUACUCACAUGAAGGUAGCAGAAGGGGUGAAUUCUCUCUUGCAGAUGGCUGGACUGCUUGCCAGGCUCUGUCAGAAGACGGCUGCUCCUGCAGAAAGUUAAAUGGAGUAUUUGACUGGACUGCAAUUACAGCCUUGAUUCUGGAAGUAUGAAAUUACAGUGUUUAAGGCCAGCUGCUAUCUGCAUACUUGAACCUUGUGUAUAUAGUAAAUUCUGAAUUCAGUGAGCUUAUUCUCUGUUCUUGCUGAACCUGAAAAUGAAAGCCAGCAUUUGUUUUUAAAUUACUUUGUACUUUUUUUAGGCCAAAUAAACUUAAAAUCCACUGAGAA